CUAGAUUUAGAAGAAAGAAAGAAACAGGUAGUGGAAUAGAAGAAGAAGAAGAAGAGACGACCUUUCUCUAUUAAUUUGAAGCUUUUCAGGUUUGGUGGGCGACCUCAGUUCUUCUGACCUGCUUCUUCACGACCCUUAUUUUGUUCUCUUCCUCUUACUAUAAAAUUCCAAGAAUUCCCCAAAUUCACUCUCCAAAAUCCUACUUUUUUCUCCACAAAAUUCUCCAAUUCUCCCCAAUUUUCUCAUCAAAUUCUCGCGGAUCAGAACCGUAUUUGCCUUAAUUUAUUAUUGUCAGGAAAGAGAACGAGAUUCAGAUAGAGAAAAAUGUUUAACGGAAUGAAUAUGAUGGAUCCUGAGUUGAUGAGACUCGCUCAGGAGCAGAUGAGUCGCAUGUCACCCGCCGAGUUGGCGAAGAUCCAGCAGCAGAUGAUGGCUAAUCCAGAAUUGAUGAGGAUGGCCUCCGAGGGCAUGAAGAACAUGAGGCCUGAAGACUUGAAACAGGCUGCAGAGCAGUUGAAGCAGACCCGUCCGGAAGAGAUGGCUGAGAUUGGUGAGAGGAUGGCUAGUGCAUCGCCUGAAGAGAUAGCAGCUAUGCGUGCCCGUGUUGAUGCCCAGGCCUCUUACGAAUUGAAUGCAGCCCAGAUGCUGAAGAAUCAGGGAAAUGCACUUCAUAGCCAGGGCAAGUUCAAUGACGCCUUGCAGAAAUACUUGCUUGCAAAAAAAAACCUGAAUGGUCUUCCAUCAUCUAAAGGCAGAUCGCUUCUGAUGGCAUGCUCACUCAACUUAAUGUCUUGUUACUUGAAAACAAAGCAGUAUGAUGAAUGCAUAAAGGAAGGUUCUGAGGUUUUGGCUUAUGAUGCAAACAAUGUCAAAGCUCUUUACCGGAGAGGUCAAGCAUAUAAAGAAAUGGGUCUAUUAGAAGAUGCUGUCUCUGAUCUGAGCGAGGCACAUAAAGUUUCCCCUGAUGACGAAACUAUUGCAGAUGUUUUAAGAGAUACUGAGGAAAGAUUGGGUGAAGAGGGAGUUCAGUCUACACGAAGAGGAUUAGUAAUUGAAGAAAUAACUGAAGAAGUUGAGACUGUGCCAUCUGCUAACCAUAAAAGCUCAUCUACAAACCAUUCUCCGGCACAACCAAAGGAAAGUAAUGACAUUUCAAAGACUCGGAUUGCAACUAAGCCUGAGAUUCUGCCAACCAAUUCAGAGCAUUUGGAGGCUUUAAAAAAUAACCCAGAAGCUAUCAGGUUUGUUUUGUUUGUGAACAAACUGCACCUUCUGAUUAUGAUUGAUGGUUACGAAGAGGUUCCUGCUGACAUGGUUAAGACCGCCUCAAACAUGAUUAGCAAAAUGUCACCUGAAGAACUACAGAAAAUGCUUGAAUUGGCUUCCUCAUUUCAGGGGGAUAAUCCUUUUCUAAAGGGAGGUUCCAGUUCUAAUAUCAACAAUUCAGUAACUCCGAAUGUGUCUCCGGAUAUGCUUAAAACUGCAUCUGAUAUGAUGAGUAAAAUGCCACCGGAGGAGCUUCAGAAAAUGUUUGAAGUAGCAUCUUCUUUUAAAGGGAAAGACUCUUCUACAACACCAGCAUCUGUUGGGGCUAACAGAAGAAGUUCAUCAAAUUAUUCAGAAAGCCGUGAAAACUCUGCAGUAAAUGCAACUCAUGAUGUAGGUGAAACUAGCUCCCAUGGAAUGUUUCCGAAUCUGGGAAGUGCUCCUCAAUCAAGCUUCCCUGCCUCUGCUGUUGAUAUGCAAGAACAAAUGAGAAACCAAAUGAAGGAUCCUGCAAUGCAACAUAUGUUCUCAUCCAUGAUUAAAAAUAUGAGCCCAGACAUGAUGGCAAACAUGGGCGAGCAAUUUGGUUUCAAGCUUUCUCGGGAAGAUGCCGCAAAAGCUCAGCAAGCAAUGUCUUCUUUGUCGCCACAGGACUUGGACAGAAUGAUGAAAUGGGCAGAUAGGAUUCAAAGAGGAUUGGAAGGUGCAAGGAAGACAAAGAAUUGGCUGCUAGGGAGAGCUGGUUUGGCUUUGGCUAUAUGCAUGCUCAUUUUAGCUGUACUGCUUCAUCGUUUGGGCUACAUUGGUGGUUAGAGUGUAAUUUUGUUCCUGAAUUAUGAAAGAAGCAUUCGGAGUCCAACCUCUAGCUAAGUGACACUUCCAAAAGCCAAUGUCUCCCUGAAUGCUCAGGAGAGGUGCUGUGCAACGGUUAUUUAUCGUCGAGGAAAGGAAGAAAAUGGGAGGGGAGGGAGGAGGGGUUCUUCUUCAAUGGGUAAAGAUAGUCCCAUGAUCUCUUUUUGCAUGUACGUCGUCACUAGUCGUAGCAUUAUUUGAUUUGUUGAGACCUUUGAGGCUUGCAUUUGCUUUUGCAUAAUUGGAAUCUCGCAAAAGGGAUCCAUUAUGGAAUUGAUUUGCACUACUUUCUGUAAAAUUAUGGUAAUAAUAAGUAAUCUAAUCCCAGAGCG